AUGGCUCCUCGUCACCGCUUUCUACUUUGGGCCCUGCUUGCCCCCUCUGCUUACCCUGCAGUCCAUUGUGCUAUUUACACAGACCCAUCUCUUUUACCACAAACAGAGUAUGAUUUUGUGAUAGUCGGCGCGGGAAUUGGAGGAGGCGUAGUUGCCAGCAGGCUCACGGAGGUCUCCGAUUUCUCUGUUCUUGUCAUAGAAGCGGGUAUCUCAAACGAAAACAAUGUAGAUGUGGAAAUCCCGUUCUACUGCCCAACUCUAUCACCCGAUACGUCGCUCACAUGGAAUUACACAACAACCCCGCAAAAUGGGCUUAACAACAGAGCCAUUCCAUAUCCACGCGGUCGCAUACUUGGUGGCAGCAGCACGAUAAACUACAUGGUAUGGAACAGGGGAUCGGAGGAUGACUGGGAUAGGUAUGCGAACUACACUGGUGAUAAUGGGUGGUCAUGGAAUGAGAUAUACCCCUACAUGUUGAAGAGUGAAAAUCUCGUUCCGCCUAGCGAUCACCACGACACAACUGGGGAAGUCAAUCCGUCCAUCCAUGGCACGUCUGGCCCCAUUCAAGUCAGUCUUCCGGGUUAUCCAUCUUGGAUAGAUGGGCGAGUUAUCAACACGACAGUGGAAAUGCCGACUACGUUCCCGUACAAUGAAGACAUGAACUCUGGGAAUCCGCUAGGCGUUGGAUGGAUUCAGAACUCGAUCAGUACAUUCGGAAGGAGGAGCAGCUCUGCCACUGCGUACCUCGAACUGGCUUAUAAUCGCUCAAAUCUAGAUGUCCUUAUUCAAACUCAAGUGACUCAGGUCAUCUCAUCUAGCACCGUCAACGGACUUCCGGCUUUCACUACAGUCGAAAUGGCACAGAGCGUUGAUAGUGAGACCUAUACAGUGACUGCGACUAAAGAGGUCAUCUUGUCCGCGGGCUCUAUCGGAACACCACAGAUUCUGCUGCUUAGUGGAAUAGGAGACACCGCAUCGCUCGAAAGCGUCGGAGUGACUCCUCUCGUCAACCUGAGUGACGUCGGUCAGAAUUUAAUUGAUCAUCCCCUACUCGCCAACGCAUGGCUAGUGAAUUCGACCAACACAUUCGAAAAAGUAGAACGAAACGCGACAUUAGAGGCGGAAAUUUAUGAAGCAUGGUAUACCAAUGGGACUGGACUGUUCGUUGAUAAUGGCUCCAAUCAGAUUGGAUGGCUCCGAUUGCCCGACAACGCGUCAAUCUAUGAGAGCUAUUCAGACCCAUCGGCGGGCCCCAUGUCACCUCAGCUAGAGAUGCUGUUUGCGAACGGAUACGGAACGCCUGACAACCCGGCCCCGUACCCCGACACGGGAUACUAUCUGACCAUUCUCACAAACGUAGUAUCGCCUUCUUCCCGUGGUACUUUGACACUAUCGUCUGACAGUCCAUUUGAUUAUCCGGAAAUCAAUCCAAACCUACUCGGAACUCCAUUCGACGUCGCUGUGAUGGUGCAGGCAAUUAAGGACGCGAUGCAGUACCUAACCUCCCCGGCAUGGGAUGGCUACAUCAUUCAACCAUAUGGCGGUCUUUCAGGCGCGACGACCGACGCGGAGCUCGAAGAGUACGCCCGCGAGUACACCCGAACUGUAUUUCACCCUGUUGGCACUGCACAUAUGGAGCCCGCCUCACAGGAUGGUGGUGUCGUCACCUCUGAACUUCUCGUGAAGAACACGUCAGGGCUUCGUGUUGUCGAUGCAUCCGUAUUUCCGUAUAUCCCAUCGAUGCAUCCGCAGGCUUGUGUCUACGCGCUUGCGGAGCGGGCCUCUGAUCUCAUAAAAUCCGCUUGGGGAGUCAGUACUUGA